UUCGCAGUCAGUGUGUUGGUGGCGAUCGCGCACUUUUAUCGCGCAAAACUCGUCUGUAUUUAUGCAAAUCAGCGCGCGAUUUUGUGAGAAUAAUCCCAACAGCUUGGAUGCAACUAUUCGUCAGUGAUCGUUUGACGAUCGUGCCGGGAAGAUGUUGUUGCACCUUUGGACGCUUUUCGGCGUGAUCGUGUGCGUUCUGGUUCGCGAAAACAGUGCAGCGUUAAAAGAAUUCGACCCGUGCAAGCACGGCGGCAAACCGGGCACCUGCCGCGGCUACUCGGUGUGCAAGGCCCAGCUGCAGAACAAGCGGAUCACCAUCUGCAGCUACAACGCCCGCGAGGCCGUCGUCUGCUGCCCGGACGGGGAGGAGAACCGGUUCAGCGGGGACUCUGACCAAGUCCCGCCGUCGUCGUCCUCUCCGAAUUCGUUGGAGGAAGAUCGCAAUGCCCGGAUUGCGGUGAAAAAAUGCAACGAAUACCGGAAGUUGUCGUACAAUCGGAUCGCGGUCAGCACGUUAACUCUGACGCCGACGGUGGUCAGCUUUGAGGUGCCAAAGUGUGACAACAUCGUGAAGCUGAUCGUCGGUGGGAAUGUGACCAAACCGGGCGAGUUUCCGCACAUGGCCGCCAUCGGGUGGCGCCGGGGUCGGCAGGUGUCGUUUGAUUGUGGUGGGUCGUUGAUCAGCAAUCGUUACGUCCUGACGGCGGCGCACUGUUUCGUGGAGGUCGAUGGGACAUUUCCCUCCUUCGUUCGCCUCGGCGACCAGAACCUGGUUCGAACGGACGACGGUGCCAAGCCACGGGACGUGGAAAUCGAUGACUUCAUCCGGCAUCCGGAUUUCAAGCGGAACCAAGGUCUCUACAACGACAUCGCCCUAGUCCGACUGGUCGGAACGGUCCCAUUUGAUAACUUUAUCCGACCAGCAUGUCUCUACGACCGCCAGGAGGUGUCCGCCGAACAGGCCAUCGCCACCGGAUUCGGUCUCACCGAGGAUCACGGUGACAAGUCGGACGAACUGCUCAAAGUGUCGCUGAACGUGUACGACAACCAGGUGUGUAGCAAGGGUUACGCCAACAGUCGCCAGCUGAAGAAGGGCAUCCAGCGGAGUCAGCUGUGCGUGGGCAGUGUGGUUGGGGGACAGGACACCUGCCAGGGGGAUUCCGGUGGACCGUUGCAGAUUACCAAGCAGGAGAAUCAUUGCGUGUUUUACGUCAUCGGAGUUACGUCGUUUGGGCAGACUUGCGGAUCGACGGUGCCGGCGAUUUACACCCGGGUGGCGGCGUAUUUGGACUGGAUUGAGCCGAUUGUGUGGGGGUGAGGAGGGGGGAGGGACACUUGGAUAUUAAUUUAUAAAAUUCUCAUUUUGAUAUUA